GUGCGGUGACGUCAGGGGAGGUUAGGCGAGCGACGUUUCUCUUUAAAAACAGCUUCCAGAAAUGGCCACUAGGUAUGCUUAGACGCGGGGGUGCCGAGCGACGGAGUGACGACGACGCCGCUUAGUGCGCGGCUUCUACACAUGACUCGACGCAUCACACUACUCAGACACGUGUCGGACGUGUACCGGGAGAGCGGUAGAAGACGAGGGAUUCGCAAUAUGUACGUGCCAAACGUCUCAGUAUGACAUCAUGAAGUCCGAAGAAUUAGAAGAAACUCCGCUGAUCGUAGCCGUUUUGACUUACCUGGGAUACGGUAUUUUAAUUGUUUUCGGACAUCUGAGGGACCUCCUUCGCAAAAUAGGCUUGGAAGAGAAACACUCGGCUUCCGAGAAGAAUAGACAGGGAUAUGUGCCGCUAUAUAGAAGUUUCCAGUGUUUUUACACAAGAAAUCUCUUCAGAAGAGGAGCCGAUUGCGUCAACAAACCGAUCUGCAGCACCCCCGGUGCGAUAAUUGACAUAAAGGAUCGUGUGUCCAAUGACUACAACUGGCAUUUCACGAUGCCGGGUACGUCGAGCAAAGCAGUCAACUUAGGUUCCUACAACUAUUUGGGAUUUGCACAAAAUGAAGGAAAGUGUACAGAUACAGUGGAAACAUCUAUAUGUACAUACGGCGUCGGAGUGUGUACUACACGUCACGAAUUAGGCACAUUGGAUAUGCACGAAGAAUUGGAGAAGCUAGUCGCAAGAUUUCUAGGCGUAGAAGAUAGUAUAGUAGUAGGAAUGGGAUUUGCCACUAAUUCAACAUGUAUACCGGCCUUAGUCACUAAAGGGUGUCUAAUAUUAAGUGACGAAUUAAACCAUGCCUCUUUAAUUCUCGGGUGCCGACUUUCGGGCGCCUCGAUCCAAGUUUUCAAACAUAACGAUAUGGGAGACUUGGAGACUAAAUUAAGAACUGCUCUUAUUACCGGGCAACCCAGGACACUCCGUCCUUGGAGGAAAAUCAUCAUCAUCGUCGAAGGAGUAUAUAGCAUGGAGGGUACCAUAGUCAAUCUACCAGAUAUUAUUCAUCUGAAGAAAAAAUACAAAUCCUAUCUCUAUUUAGAUGAGGCCCACAGCAUCGGUGCUUUGGGCACCAGCGGCAGAGGCGUCGUCGACUAUUACGGCUGUGAUCCAAAAGAUGUAGAUAUAUUAAUGGGAACGUUCACCAAGAGUUUCGGAGCCGCGGGAGGCUACAUUGCAGGCUCAAAGGAUCUUAUUAACUAUCUACGAAGCAAUUGCUACAGUUUUAGUUAUGCUACGAGUAUGUCAUCGCCGGUUGUAUGUCAGAUAACUUCAGCUAUGAAAGUUAUUAUGGGUGAAGAUGGAACUAACGAAGGACAGCAACGAAUUACUCAGUUGGCUCAGAAUACCCGAUACUUUAGACAGAAAUUGAAAGAAAAGGGUUUCAUUAUUUAUGGUAACAAAGAUUCUCCCGUCGUACCACUAUUAUUAUAUAUGCCGGCAAAAAUACCGGCCUUCGUCCGGGAAUUACUAAAGCGCGGAAUAGCGACGGUUGGGGUCGCCUUUCCCGCCACGCCGCUCGUCGAAUCGCGAGCACGUUUUUGUAUAUCCGCCGCUCAUACACGUGAAAUGUUAGAUAAGGCACUAUCUGCUAUAGAUGAAGUUGGAGAUUUGCUCAGGCUAAAAUAUUCCCGACAUUCCAAAAACAACGUAGGUAGUCAUUGACUGUGAUAGUACAAAACCAACUCCGGAAGUGUAUGAUCUGUGUUUGUGGAGUAGGUCACAUCUGUGAAGAAUCUGAAGCCAAAUACGUACAGAAUCCCACAAAAGUCGUCAGCCUUAGUGAUGUUGGAUCGCUCUCUAAAUCCUGGAUUGUCAUUUGUCAGUUUGAUUUUGUAACCAAAUAUUCAAUCCUAUCCCCUAUAAAACUGAAAAAUAAAUGUUUUCUACAUUUCUA